AUGGUUCAAUUAGUCGAAGUUGAUGAUGAGCAUUUCCAGCAGCGGCCUGCUGGGGCCGUCGACGAGGAAGAGGAUUUCACCGAUACUGACUCGGAAAUUUCUACCGACUCUGACUACGAUCCUAGCCGUGAGACUUUUGGCGAGCGGCUCUACGCCCUGCGCGAUAUCAUCCCACCCACUACCCGCGGUUGGUUCUACAGCAAAUUCCAAUUUGGCGACCGGGUUGUGCGUACAACGCUUACUUUCCUUGGUCGCGCCGCCUGGACAAUCUCUGUGAGCGCCUUGCUUGUUGGCGUUCCCUUCGCACUCUCUUGGGCCGAGGAGCAGAAUAUCCUGGCCAUGGAGCAAGAGCAACGGAUGCGUGAAAUGGGCAGCGAGCUGCUAACAGCCGGCUCAGGCGAGGGCCCGGAAGGCGGCGAUACCGCCUCUCAAGUCGGUGCCGCACUUGGCGGUUCUGGCGCACGGCCAGCGCUGUGA